AUUACAUUUUACUCAGUCACGGAACAGACCCAAAAACCUUUUCCUUUGUCUUGGCAUUACAAAUUAUACCACCGUUGUACAGUUGCUUGACCUGCAGAUUACAUUUACGCGGUUGCCGCCAACUGUCAAAAGUUUACAAGAUAUUUUUUUAUUGUAAUUUUCUUCCGUCAUUUUGUUAUUAAAAUAUUUCAUUCAAACUUGGGAUUAGGGCUUAGGAGUUAUGUCACCCCAUGAAUCAUCCAAUUUCUCUGCACAAAUGGACAUAUGUUUGCAGAAGCUCCAGGAACUCGAACGGUGUUGUACAUCUCAACUACAUUUUACCAAUCAAUUUAAGGACUGGCUGAAGAGUCUCUCUGUAUGUCUGGCACUGGUCCAAACAGCAGUAUCUCAGCCUCACAACCAAUUGUAUCGUGGCAAGGUGGGGCUUUGUGUCAGUCAGGUACUAACUGUAACAUGUUUCAGGACUGGCUGAAGAGUCUCUCUGUAUGUCUGGCACUGGUCCAAACAGCAGUAUCUCAGCCUCACAACCAAUUGUAUCGUGGCAAGGUGGGGCUUUGUGUCAGUCAGGUAAUCAAGGUGUUGACUCUCUUCCGCUCUCUACUUUGCAGUCCACCUUGUAGAUGUUGUAUGGCCCAACAGCAGACUGUGUGGUACCUAAGCGAGAGGCUGCGUUGGUGUGUCUCAGAGCUCCGCCGGGUGCUGAGUGGUGCUGGCACGGAGCAGGAUCGGGACGGUGCAGGAUCCGUUUCAUUCCUGCACCAGGUGGACCACGCCCUGCAGCAGUUGAACCAUUCAGACCUGGAGGGCUGGAAACAGAUAGUAGAUGACAUGGUGUGCCAGGCCAUCUCAGUCGCCAAGAUAGCGUCAUCAAUUGACUACAAUGAGAUCACAUCAGUCUGCCACAGGUUAUUGGACGAGAGCAAUCAGCUGGCAUGUGAGAGUGAUCAGCGGCAGGUGACUUUGCUGAAAGACUCACUGGCUGCCUGUCUGUCCAGUCUAGAGCAGAGAGUUAAUAUUGCUGUGCUCAGGCUUUUUCUGCAGGUGUUCUCAGAGCCUAAUGGGCCGGUGAAACGACUAGUGCAUUGUUGUGGCCAGGCAUUACACACACAGAGAAGAACAGACCUGGAUUCCUUGGUCGCCGAGUUGGAUGCUCAUAUCGAACGGAUCAUCCUUGUCGGCCAGUUUGCGGUCAGCUGCUGUGAGGAUAAAGGAAAGGUAGCAGCAAUGAGGUGUUGCAUGGCCAGUUUGGAGUCUGUAGACAAUUACUUGGUGCCUGCAAUCACUGCCUUCUACCUCACCCCAGACUGUGUCAACAAAAGAGCCUUUGUCAAGUUCCUCUGCGACCACUGGCAACAUCAGUUGACAUCUCUACAAUCCCAUUUGGAUAGUAUUAUUGACUCGUAUGCAUUUUCUCAGGUUGUGCAAGACAGCAUGGAAGUGCUGAGCAAAGAUCUGAAGGGAGAGAGUGAUGCAGUGUUGGAGGCCAGCCAGGUAAUAGUCAGACAUGGAUGGCUGUUGUAUAAACACUUAUCGAGAUCUAGUGAUGUGUCUGUGGCUUCUGAUGUCUUGGAUGAACUGAAGAAAGCUCUGCAUAAGUGUGAAGUGGCAGUGACCAAACAAGCCCAUACAUCUACUAUAACAAGACAGACCAAGCUGAUACUAGACUCUGUUGACCAUAUCUGUGACCAGCUGAGUGUGUCUACAGCUUCAUGUGCAGCUGUCGAUGGUAGUUGUACAGCAGAUAGCCCCGGAAAAGCAGUGAACAGUAUACGAGAUCUGCCGCUUGACAUAUCCUUCCAGUCACUCUCAGCCUCUCAGUUCAACUCCUAUAGGCCACAGUGGUUAAAGAAUAAAAUCUCUGAGAUGAAAGAGAAUCGCCAAAUUCGCAUCCUGAAUCUUACGGAAAUAAUUAGAGCAGAAGAGGAAGUACAGUCUAGUACGAGAACUCCAAGGAGGACAGAGACAGUAAACAAUGCCCUGGAGACACCCAAGGGAGGAGGUGGAGACUGGCUUACUCCCUUCCUGAGCCACAAGGCUGAGCGUAACACAACACUAUAUGUGAGAACACCACGGGCACUAGUACAGUCCCGUGUCAUGGACAAGAGUACAUCUGCAGGUUUUGGAAAUCUUACAGAAGGAGAGAGUUCUAGCAACCUAGCAUUAGACAUUACAGAUAUCCUGGAGAGUUUAAGCACUCUGGCUGAUACUCUGUCGUCAGAGAUGGAGGCCAACAACUGGACACUUAACAGACCAACACCACUCUCUGGUGAGCUGAAAAGGCACUUUUCUGGGGAAUCAUUCAAUAGCCACUGGUUCUCUCAGGUCUCUGGGUCAUUACCAUCCGACAUCAACACUCCUGACAGACUACAGGACCUUGCUUUCUUGGAUGAGAAACUGGAGAAGCUGAAAGAACAGAGUUAGGGAAUCUAUUGCUUAGAAUCAAGCAACUGUCAGAUCUCUAAAAAUUCAAUUUGAAUGAGUGGAAUUUGUCAUUUAAAAGUUCUUUCCAAAUAUUAUUUAUAUUAUAGGUUACAGGAAAGUUUGUAUCUAUCUCUGCCAUGGCAUAAUUUAACAUGAAGUUUUAAGCUAAAAGAAUUUAUUAAAAUAAUUUUAAUACA